AUGCUCUUUAAUCGCAGUAAAUUAUUUCUUGAAAAUGUUUACUUGGAAAAUAACGAUCUUUGGGACCUUAGGUAUAGCAUUGAUGGAAGCUUUGUUUCCGUGUUCCAAGGUUUAAGGAAACUAAAACUACUUGAUGUGAAGAAAAACCCACUAAAAUAUCUGAAAGCUGGAUUAUUCACAGAUCUGCAGUAUCUUCAAAUAUUGGAUCUAAGCUAUUGUGAACUCUCUUAUCUUGAAUCAAAGGCAUUGGAAGGUCUUCAACGUCUUAAGAAUUUACAUCUUCAGGGUAAUAACUUGCAUGAGCUUCCAAGUAGAUUGUUUGAAAAUACCGGAGAGCUAGCGAUGAUCCACCUGGAGGAAAACAUACUGAGAUAUCUUGAUGGUGAUCUCUUUGUGAAUUCAUCAAAUCUUCGAAAUUUGACUCUCCAAGGAAAUCGAUUGAGUGGAUUUAAUCGUAGUACCUUUGCGCCCCUAUUUGAUCAUCUAUAUUCAAUAGAUAUUUCGAAAAAUGAGGUUGUAUGUACGUGUGAUAUAAAAUGGCUUCCGGUCUGGCUGUCCGGGUCCAUCAUAGUUUUGAAUGAAAAUGACACUAGGUGUUCCCCUGCUUCUCUUGAAGAGCUCAAAGAAAAGCCAUUGAUGUCAUUUAAACCAGCCGAAUUGUGUGUCCAAGACAUCGGUCUUUACUGCUCUCUACCUAUCGUAACAAUUUGGAUAUUCAUGGUUUUGGCCUUUGCAUAUCGCUAUCGAUGGUUUUUGAAAUAUAAGUUAUUCCUCAUGAAACUGGCAGUCAUUGGAUAUCGGCAGAUCCAGGAUGCUCGAGACUUUGAUCAGUAUGAAUUUCAUUUAAACGUGAUGUUUGCAGAAGAGGACGAAGCGUGGGUAAGAGAUCGCCUCCGUCCAGUCUUAGAAGAAAUGCUUCCUGAUCAUAACAGAAAUAUCUUCGGCGAUAAUGAUCUUCCUCUGGGUAUGCAUUACAACGAAGCCGUUGAUUACGCUGUAGAAAAUAGCUACAAGACAAUUAUUUUAGUCAGUAGAGCUGCUAUCCAGGACAACUGGUUUGUUAUCAAGUUUCGGAUCGCUGCUGAUCAGGUCAAUGACUCUCAGCUAGAGAGCGUAGUGGUGGUCUUUUUGGAGGAUAUUCCGGGAGACGAGCUUCCAUUCUUGGUGAGGCUGUAUCUUAGUGUUCGUCAACCAUACCUUGGUUGGGAAGAGGAUGAAAGGUUUCAAGAGUACUUCUGGCAAACACUGAUCAAGAUGCUGACCGUAAAUCUAAGGAGCAAUAAUGCAAUCCCAUCAGAGUAAAACUAUUCAUUAUCAUGUGUGUGAAGUUAUAUAAGUAAAAGAGUUGCCAAAGCUGCUGUACAUGACACUUCACACAUUUGUAUACU